AUGUCAUACCAGCCACAAGACAAUGUGUUCAUCACAUACAAUAGUCCAGAAGAAUUCAAGAACAAGAAAAAUCGACGCACUGUCUCCUCAUUCGCCUCGAAAAGUUCUCGCCCCACAUCGAGAAAAAUCGUUCUCGGGCGGACGCUCUAUCGACCUUUCGUUGAACGGAGUAACGAGAACUCACCAAAUUAUGCUGCCAGUACCCCGGCCGGAAGCGAAGGCAGAAGUGAAGCUUCUCCUCAGAAUGCCGAGACCGAGCAAGCCCUUGCUCAAGUCAGGGAAAGGACACUUCUCAAAGGCUCGGCUCUAGGAAACCCCUUGGUUGACCCGUUCGAGGUUUAUCCCAUCCACAUUCAACCCUAUGUUCCUUUCCUGGUGGAUUAUUCUUUGACCCAGGCUUAUUACAACAUUGACCAAAGGGGAUUUGGCCAGCCCCACCUGAUCUCGUUAUAUCACCGAGGUGAAGGUUUAAAGCAGUUGAGGCGGAAGGUGGAGUCCCUUCAAGCAGCAGACGACGAUGCUGCUAUUCUAACAGUGUUGUGGCUGAUGGAUGUCGAUGCUGCCAAUGGAGAUCACCAUGCUUUUUCCAUGCAUAAACGUGCACAGGAGCAUAUGGUGUCCACAAGGGGCGGCAUUCGUAACCUACAUCCAGCGCUGCAGGAUGAGUUACUCAAAAGCGAGUUCUUCCUGCCACUUCUCCAGUACGGCGCUUUUGCAUGCGAAGUAACGGAAAACGAUGUCCUCGUACGAUUCAAGGAGUUUGUGCCUGCCGAGUUCUUAGCUGGCAGGCAUAUUCCACAUCUCUUCCAUACCGUCUUCGCCAAAGGACUCUUGAUUUCUUCAAGUCUAAAAAUUCUUCAGAGCAUACUCGGAGAGCUUUCUCUUGAAGCAGAUGCUAGGCGAAAAUCGAAAAAGAGCUCCAAAUCAAAAGCUGGCGAAAUUGCUGCCUCAGAAACUAUCGUCCCCCAUCAGAUAUCUCUCAGGACUGAGAUGAGUAGAGUUCUCCAACUCGCAGACCAAGUUCAACCGAAGUCAAAUAACCACAAAAUCAUUCUGGCACUGCUUAUUUAUGUAUUCAACCUUCAUAACCAACCAUUCCCACAUAUUUUAGCUCCCCCAAUUGCUACCUCACCAAACACUCCACAAUAUUCUGGAACGCCAUAUUUGAAUAUUCUUUCCAAUGUGGCGCUGGAGAUGGCCAAUCCAAGCAAUCCGGGAAAUCCAAAUCUGGUGACCGAGCGAGAAGUUACCCUCUGGACCAUGACUGCCAUUGGAUCGACCGCAAGCUUUAGCCCUUGGAGAUUGGAAAUACCUUUCAUGGGCCAUAUGAUCGCAUUGAUGGAGGAUGACUCGGAACAGACACGUCAGACAUAUCAACCUAGCUCCAUCUCGGCGGCCUCGGGCAGUCAGCAUACUGCUUUGACGCCGGCAUAUACGAGGCCGCAGUCUAACCUUGAUAUGCUCACAGCAUACCUCCGAGGCUACUACUUGUACGGUGCGGACAAGGCCCACUUGGAUAGUUUACAACGGUGGAAAGGUUGA